CUUCAGGUUGCCGAUUGACAGCUAGCUUCCGAAGACUUCGGUCUGUAACUUGUCGAAUUCUUUGUUUUCCUAAGUAAUUCUGAACUCGUAACCGCUGAACUAGCUGCAUAUAGUAUCUAGAACCUCCGAUUUUUGGCCGUUAUCAUGCUGGAAUAUCGACUCAACUUAUUUUUCUGGACGGGUUCAUCCAAUUCUCGGCGCUGGCUUGGCCUCCAAACUUGAAAAGGCUCAUCACAGACACGCUACUCUUCUACGUUCAAGGCAGGGGCUAUAAAUUUAUAUUAUUAAUAUUAUCGGCUGCCAUCCUCUCAUCAACCCUGACCAUAAUCACGCCUUUUUCUGGUCGCCGGCCAUAGUAACGUACAAAUUUUGGCUCGAUUCAUUCGCAACCUACCUUCACUAUGAUCCUGCUUACUGCACUUUGGGUCUUUAUCUUCUCGGUCGCUGUACAUCUGUUAUACAAGAGAUGGACCCGGAUUUCAAUCGCCAACAUUCCUGGGCCUCCGCCAAAUUCGAUCUUGUACGGCAACUUCCCGGAAAUGUUGGAAGGGCAAGCUGGCGAUAUUGACUUCAAGUGGCAGGAAGAGUUUGGCGAUGUCGUCCGGAUCAAGGCACCCUUCGGUGAAGAUCGGCUGCUCAUUUCGGACCCUAAAGCGUUGCAGCACAUCUAUCAGUCCCCUGGAUAUGGCUUUACCAAGACGUCUGGGCGUCUUGCUGUAUCUCAAACGAUAUUCGGUCCCGGACUCGUGAGCGUCGACGGUGACGUUCACAGGCGGCAGAGGAGGGUUAUGAUGCCUGGUUUCGGGACUCCAGAAAUCAAGGCUUUCGUACCAAUAUUUUUCGCUCACGCUGGGAAGAUGGCUGCCAAAUGGAGAGACAUCAUUUCGGGAAACGAUGGUCUGUCGGGUACUGUGGAUGUCCCUUCAUGGACCUCUCGUGCAACGCUAGACAUUAUAGGACAAGCUGCUUUCGACUAUGACUUCGGAGCUCUUGACGACUCUGACAACACCCUGACCAAGAUUGUAUCGAAUAUCGUCUUCGAUACGUUCGGCCUUCCAACAAACAAAGCCGUUAUCUCAUUGAGCAUCAUGGAUUUGCUUCCUUUUUGGCUUUCGAGAUUCAUUACCAAGUCUUUGCCAAUAUCACGUUUGGCUCACGCUCAUAAAUUAAAUCGAUUAACCGGCGCAGUUUCGAAGCAGUUAGUCAAAGAGAAGUAUGACGCCCUGAUUGACGGUAAAUCUAACAAAGACAUCAUGAGUCUGUUAGUUAAGGCCAACGCAUCCCAGAACCCAGACACAAAGCUUUCGGAGCGAGAAUUGCUCGCGCAGAUGAUCACAAUCAUCAUGGCAGGCCACGAAACAACGUCAAAUUCUUUGUCGUGGGCAUUGUUGGAACUUGCAAAGCACCCAGAAAUACAGUCUAAACUUCGAGAAGAGAUUCGGGCCAUGGAAUCUCUGGUUCUUUCUCGUGGCGGAUCAUUCACGGCCACAGAUUUCGAUAAUAUGCCGUAUUUAACUGCUGUCGUGAAGGAGAGCCUUCGGUUCCAUCCAGUGUCGUACAACGUUUUCAGAGUAGCUGAAAAGAAUGACGUAUUGCCGCUGCUGAAGCCGAUAACCAGCAAAGAUGGGAAAGUCAUGCAUGAAGUGCCAAUUCCAAAAGGUCUCCAGAUCAUUGCUUCAAUUGCUGCAUAUAACAGGAAUACGGACAUAUUCGGAGAGGACUCAAAUGUCUUCAAUCCUGAUCGCUGGUUGUGUGAUAAUGUCAAAUCAACUAUAUCCCUUGGCAUGUACGCCAAUCUAUUUACUUUCUCAGGCGGUGGACGAGCGUGUAUCGGCUGGAGAUUCGCGGUACUCGAGCUAUCGGCAUUUGUCGUUGAGCUUUUGAAUAACUUCGAGUUUUCCUUGACGGACAAAGGUGGCAGCAUUCGACGGGAAGCCUGCUUUGUGAUGACUCCUACGCUCGAAGGUCAGCGGGAAAAGGGGACCCAAAUGCAUCUUAACAUUCGAAUUACUUCUCGUGAUGAUAUAUAGCUGGUAUACAGGAUGGAUGUUCGGAUUUUAGUGAGCAUCGCUUCGGGGUGUUCAGUAGCCUAGUGUUCGCCGAGGCAGCAUGUCGUGAUAGAUGCAAUGAAUUAUUGGUAAUUUUCUCAGCUGAUGCC